GCUCUAACAGAAAUCAAUAACCUGAGCCCACUUUCAGUACUCUCAUUUAUGAUGGGCCCCUUCGAAUCCAACCAUUCACCUGCACCCAGUGGACUUCUACAGGUUUCCUGCACUAGUCAAACAUUCCACUGGACUUUUGGUUACGAUGCAGAUACCAAAAUCAACAUUUCCUAGGACAUCUCGGCAUUCUUAGAAUCAUAUCUAGUCGCCGCUCGACUUCGGAAGUUUGACUAGGGCGCAACUGUCAGCCCAGAUUGCCCUGGGCAGGGAAACCGCAGUAAGCUCCUUCCGCCUGGGUAUAAAAUGCUUGCAUGUCCUGCUCAUUUGUUCUAAACCAAGUCCCCACCGACCGACCUUAUUUGUCAUUACAUCAAUAUCAAUCAUGUCCCAGUCCCCUUCUCUAGCACGACCGAGGAAAUUAAAGCAUGUUGGCAUUGUGGGAGCUGGCAUGGCUGGCUUGUAUGCUGCAUAUCGGUUGAAAUUGUCGAACAAUCCCGGCAUCGUAGUCUCUCUGUACGAACUGGAUGGGAGAGUGGGUGGUCGUGUUAAAACCUACCGCUUUACAUCCGAGAAGGACCAAUACUUUGAGGCUGGUGCCAUGCGUAUUCCAAGUACCCAGAUGCAUCAACCAACCUUCGACUUAAUUAAACUUCUCAAAGACACCCAUCACGCCGACCUCAAUCUUAUACCUUAUCAUCUCACCACCCCCGGCAAUCGCAUCUUCAUAAACGGUAUUUUGAAGAACGGAGGUGAUGAUAACACUGCGAAGGCGCUAGGAUUCGACCUCACAGCACCAUAUGAUAGCAAGACUGCAGAUGCCUUGCUACUGAGCGCUAUACAGGAUUUCAUUAAUUUCUUGGAGAGAGACUUCGACGAGGGCUGGAAGCUCCUCAUGCGUUUUGACAAAGUCCCAUUCCGUUCCUACCUGGAAUCUCUUGGAUGGCCGCAAUCAGUCAUUGAUUUCACCGAGACUAUGUGCUCUCAGACCAACCAGUUCGCGCUGAGCUUCUCUGAGCUCAUCAUGCAGAACCUCGACUUCGACACUAAACAGUGGUUCACACUGGAAGAGGGGAUGGACAGACUUCCUCAGGCACUUGCCGAGGUGGUUGGCAUGGACAAUAUCACAUUUGGUGCGCGAGUGCAGAAGAUCGAGCAGACCGGUGAUGGUGUCACUAUCUGCGCAGAUACGCCUAGGGGCCGGGUAGAAAAAACCUUUGACAAGGUGAUUCUUGCCAUUCCGCCUAGUGCGUUGAGGAUGAUUCCAGAGCGUCCUCGCUGGGAUUACAGAAAGGAGCAAGCUAUCCGCGCUAUGUUCUACGAGGCGUUGUAUAAGAUCGGUCUGCGCUUCAAGACUCGAUUCUGGGAGCAUGUGCAACCCCCUUCUCUAGGAGGACAAUCAACGACUGAUCUGCCGAUUCGGUGGAUUGUAUAUCCAUCCAAUGGCAUCGGUUCUAAGGGACCUGGCGUCCUGCUUCUGUAUUCCUGGAACACGGACGCGUCUGUGUGGUCCUCCAUUCCUUUCAGCGAACGUCUAAAGAACUCUCUAUGUCACCUUUCAAAGGUUUUCCCGAGCGUUGACAUCUACAACCAAUUCAUCGCGGCAGAGGAUUUAGCAUGGUCCGAGCACAACCCUACCGGCGAUGCUAUGUUCCUUCCCGGGCAAUUGUCAGAGUAUUUUGACAUUGCUCGUCGUAAGGAAGGUAACAUUUACUUCGCCGGAGAGCAUUUGAGCCGUCAUCAUACGUGGAUUACCGGAGCCAUCGAUUCUGCCAGAUCGACUGCAGAAGAGGUCAUUAGCGACUUUGCCUUCAAGCGCGUUCCUACAGGGUGGAUUCCACAAACUGGAAUGGAACCCAGCGAUCAUUAUGAUCCUGAGGCUCACCGCAUGGAGGUGAUCAAGGGUGGGCUGGAAAAUAUCAAGAACAACCGCGAGGACUUCGAGAAGUCUGUCUUACUGAACUCGCUGUAAACCACAACCAUUAAGAUGAUCAUAUCCACGCGCAUGUAAUAUUAUCUGGAUAGUAUUAGUCUCAUUCGACUUAAUUACUUGUGCGACCCAUCAAACAAGAA